AUGGGCAACUGUCAAUCCUCUUCCCCUGCCAUUGCUGCAUCUUCCGACGUCACCACUGCUCCUUCCCCAUCAACCCGUCCUGAUGACCCUGAAGCCGACUUCUACGAGUCCCUGGCGAAAUGCCAGAGUUCCCUCCACAAAAUGAAGCAAGCCGGAUUCCACGAUGAGCUGAACCAGGGCCGCAUGGCAAUGGGUCGACUCGUCCAUGACCAAGAAUUGUUCCCUCCCGGCACCAUUGACGCUUUCUUGGACCAAGACAAGACUUGGACUGGCAAGAUUCUCACUUUUCUUCCUGAAGCUGACAUUGCAAGUGUUGCCCUCGUCAAUAAGAAGAUGAACAAACUCGCCAAGGGAGUCCUCUCCAAGGUUCGGGAUUCGCGGCUCUGCUCCCUCAACAGAGACACCUACUGCAGCGUUGCAUUCUACAACAUUCCCUGUGCCGAACACUGGCUCAAACACUGGCUCACCCAUGAUUCUCCCGGCAAAUUUCCUUGCAGUCAAUAUGUUUGUGACGCAAUCGCUAAACUUGGAAAAACUGCAGUUCUCAAGUGGGCCCGCAGCAAGGAAUUUCCAUGGGAUGAAACGACCUGCAACGAAGCUGCUAAAAAUGGUCAUUUUGACACUUUGAAGUGGUUGCUUGCAAAUGGACGCCCCAGGGAUGAUGAAAGCAUGUGCUUUGCUGCUGCUUGGGGUGGCCAUUUUGAUAUACUCAAGUGGUUGCAUGAGAAGGAAUGUCACUGGAAUGCUGCUACCUGUCAUUUGGCUGCUGAGCAAGGCCAUCUCCACAUUCUCAAAUGGGCACACCAGAAUGGAUGUCUAUGGUGUGAACAAACAUGUAUGUAUGCUGCAGUUGGGGGCCACUUGCACAUUCUCAAAUGGUUGAGAGAGCAUGGGUGUCCCUGGGAUGAAAACACAACUGAUGAAGCUAUCUACAAUCACAAUGGAGAUUUUGAACUCCUCAAGUGGGCUCACAACAAUGGAUGCCCCUUGCCUGCAAAGUCGUACUGUAUUCUCGAAUGGGCACACCAGAACGGAUAUCCUUGGGAUAGCCAAGCUUGCAUUAAUGCUGCAAUUGGGGGCCAUUUGCACAUUCUCAAGUGGUUAGGAGCGAAUGGGUGUCCCUGGAAUUACGAAACAACUGCUGAGGCUGCCAGCAAAGGACAUUUUGAUGUUCUCAAGUGGGCCUAUGAGAACGGAUGCCUUUUGGACCUUGAUGCGUGCUUAGAUCUUGUUCCCAGCGACCGUUUGGAUAUGCUCCAAUGGUUGCGUGGGAUUGACACAUGA